AUGCUUACUUUGCCCAAUGGCACAGCUGGAAAACCCCUCUUUAAACUCCUAGUAUGUUUUGAUGAAAUUACUGGUGGCUUUGAUCAACUUCCUCAAAGUUUCUUCCGGGAAAUGGUUAGAAUUGUCCAUUUCAAUUGCACUGUGGAGAAGAUACUUCGCACCAGAAACAAAGUGAGAGUCUUCUACAAAUGGUUGUCCAGGUCUAUGUCUCUAGUUGCUGACUAUGUCCUCAUCACAGCUACAGCAAGAGCCGUGCGACUGAUCAAGUUUGUGCCACCUCUUUCCAUUCCCAAGACCCGGGCAUUGCGGUCUUUGGCUUAUGCAAGUUCUACUAAAAUUGCCUUGGUUUGCACUGAGAAGUUUUGGGAGAAGGAGGGGAUUCACGGAGGGAGAUCAGUCACAGAUCUCCCAGCACGAAUGAUUUACUAUCCAAAUCAUGACUUCCCCCAUGGACUAGGUGUCCUUCUGGCAUCCUAUACUUGGUAUACUGACUCUGAUUUCUAUACGGCACUCAGUGAUGAAAAGUGUGUUGAUGUAGUGAUGGAUGACCUUGCGGAAAUCCAUCAACUAUCUAAAGAGUAUCUCAAAUCAGUCUGUGGCAAAUACGUGGUACAAAAAUGGAACCUUGAUCUAUAUUCUAUGGGAGCAUUCAGCACCUACACCCCAUACCAGAUAACCCAGUAUACUCAGAUACUGGCCCAGAAGGAAGGGAGGAUCUACUUUGCUGGUGAAUACACAGCUCAUCCACAUGGUUGGAUUGACACUUCCAUGAAAACUGCCAUAAGGGAAGCAAUUAGGAUCCACAAUGCAUAA